AUGAAGAAACGUCUACAAGACUUCGCGCUUGCCCUCGUCUCCACAACGGUUGUUGUAUCUCAAGUUCUUUUCUACUUUGUCCUUGAGGAUUUUAUAUUCUACUGGGGGCACAGGGCACACCAUACGAAAUGGCUAUACAAACAUGUUCACAGCGUCCACCACGAGUACGCCACACCCUUUGGUUUAACUUCUGAAUAUGCCCACCCAGCUGAAAUUUUGUUCCUGGGAUUCGCCACAGUUGUUGGUCCUGCUCUUACUGGCCCUCAUCUGUUCACCUUGUGGCUGUGGAUGGUGUUGAGGGUAUUGGAGACAGUUGAAGCUCACAGCGGCUAUCACUUCCCAUGGAGCCCAUCAAAUUUCCUGCCACUGUAUGGCGGCUCGGACUUCCAUGACCACCAUCACCGUGUGCUGUACACAAAGUCAGGGAACUAUGCCUCGACAUUUGUUUACAUGGACUGGUUGUUCGGGACGGACAAGGAUUAUCGCAAGGCAAAGACCAUUGAGGAAAAAGAAGGGAAGAAUCUGUAG